AUGGCUUCGGUUCCAGAAGAUGUGACGGACGAGCAUUUACAACAGCAAACUCAACCCGCUUCUGCUUUCGCUUCCAUUCCUCAUCGUCCGCAAACUAAGAGCUCUUCAGAAAAAUACGCGCCUCUAGAUUGUUCCCUGUAUUUUGACAAAGAAGACGAUAUUGCAAUUCCCGAAUCGAACGAUGUGUUUCAUGUUUACACGGCAGGAACUGAGGGGCCCGUUGUAUUCUGUCUACACGGUGGUGGUUAUUCUGGGCUGUCAUUUGCUGUCUCAGCAAGUAAAAUUAAGGAGAAAGCUAGGGUGGUUUCUAUGGACUUGAGAGGUCAUGGGAAAUCAUCGACAGAAAUUGAUCUCGAUUUAUCUGUUGAGACCAUGUGCAAUGAUGUAUUGGCUGUUAUAAAGGAAUUAUAUAGCAAUUCUCCUCCAGCAAUUAUUCUUGUUGGUCACAGCAUGGGAGGAUCAAUUGCUGUGCAUGUUGCUGCAAGAAGAUCAUUAUCCACCUUGGCUGGGUUGGUUGUUGUGGAUGUUGUAGAGGGAACAGCAAUGGCUUCACUCAUUCAUAUGCAGAAAAUUCUAUCAAACAGGAUGCAACAUUUUUCAAGCAUUGAAAAAGCUAUUGAAUGGAGUGUCAAGGUUGGCUCCAUAAGAAAUAUUGAUUCUGCUCGCGUAUCCAUCCCUGCCACAUUAAAAUAUGAUGAGUCAAAGAAAUGUUAUCUUUACCGAACUGAGCUGGAAAAGACUGAAGAAUAUUGGAAAGGCUGGUAUGAAGGACUCUCAGAUAAAUUUUUGUCAUGUCCUGUUCCAAAGCUGUUGUUAUUAGCAGGAACAGAUAGAUUGGACAGGUCUCUCACAAUUGGUCAAAUGCAAGGGAAGUUUCAAAUGGUGGUUGUAAGGCAUACAGGGCACGCUAUUCAGGAAGAUGUACCGGAUGAAUUUUCAACUCUGAUUGUCAACUUCAUUACUCGGAACCGAAUUGGCCCUCAUGGAAUUGAGAGGGGUUUUGCUCCCCAAGGGGGUGGGGGGUAUGGGUUGGUGGGGUAUAUUGGAGGGGAAUUAAUAAAAAACUAA